AUGACUGGGGCUGCAGCUGCACCAUUGUUGCCUCCACCUGGUCUGAUGAACAUGCAGAGUCUUCUACACACUCUGUCUCCUCCCGCUGACAACAACUUUGGCAAUAUGUCUUACAACAACAACACCAAUAUGCCUGGCCAAUACACAUCUUACAAUGAGAAUUAUACACCUGGCCAACAUGCAUCUACUCCAUACCACCACCACCAUCAUGCACCUGGCCAGAUUACCUCUCACAUUACUAUUGAAGAAGACAAUACUGUUGUUCUGGUACUGUCUGCAUUCAACAAUUUUGAGGUUAUGUGGGAGAAUAACAAGCUGGUAAUUACAUUGAGGGACACCACACUGUGGUGGCAGCAAUUAUGCUUGGCUUUAUACACCUCAUCCCAGCAUUUUCUGAGGGGCAAACAACUCGUCUGUUAUGAGAAGGCCCUUCUGCUUGCUGGGCAUGUGGGGAAGCGGAUGAUUGGGAAAGUUUCUACAUUAAUAUACUCAGAAGAUGAAGUUGACAAGGACUCCAAAAACAGUGACACCGAGGGCGAGAGCGAAGAUGAAGAUGAGGAUGAAGAGGUGGACAAAGAGGUGGACAAAACCCAGGAUAGUGGUAGCAACCUGGGUCCAGACGAUGGUGAAAAUAUAACUUGUACCAAUAUUAGCCUGUUGGCACUACAGCCUGAGAACCCUGUGUAA